AGUCAAAAUAACAAUCAAUCAAAAUCGUAAGAGUACUUCCGUUUAGGGUUUUCAGUUAUAUAUCUAUACUUAUAUAUUAUUGAAAAGAAAGCCAAAAAAUUACAAGGAAGAAGCAAUGAAGGUGGCGUGGCUAAGAUCAUUGGAAACAUCACACGAAGACUGCGUAUGGGCUUGCACUUGGGUCCCAGCCACCGACAGAUCCCCUGCCCUUCUUCUCACCGGCUCUCUAGACGAGACCGUCAAGCUAUGGAACCCCGAAGACCUCACCCUCGUCCGUACCAACACCGGCCACUGUUUGGGUGUGGUUUCCGUGGCCGCACACCCAUCUGGGAAGAUAGCAGCGUCCGCAUCAAUGGAUAGCUUCAUACGUGUCUUCGAUGUGGAAUCUAAUAACACCAUCGCCACUCUUGAAGCCCCUCCUUCUGAAGUCUGGCAAAUGCAAUUCGAUCCCAGGGGUACUACUCUUGCUGUUGCGGGAGGGAGUAGUGCGUCCGUCAAGCUAUGGAAUACCGCUGAAUGGAAGCUGGUGGCAACUUUAUCCAUUCCUCGUCCAGAAGGGUCGAAGCCAUCUGAUAAAGGCGGCAACAAGAAGUUUGUUCUUUCAGUUGCGUGGAGUCCUAGUGGAAGACAGCUCGCUUGCGGCUCCAUGGAUGGUUCUAUUUCUGUCUUUGACGUACAACGCGCUAAGUUUCUUCACCAACUUGACGGCCACACAAUGCCUGUCCGUUCUCUUGCUUACUCACCACUAGACCCGCGAGUUCUUGUUUCGGGCUCUGACGAUGAGCGUAUCCAUAUGUACGAUGCGGAAGGGAAGACCCUGUUGUCUUCGAUGUCAGGCCACUCUAGUUGGGUUUUGAGCGUUGAUGUGAGCCCAGAUGGUGCAGCUAUUGCAUCUGGCUCUAGCGACAGGACUGUCAAGUUGUGGGAUCCUAAAAUGAGGGCGGCAGUCCAGACCAUGACUAAUCACACCGACCAGGUUUGGGCCGUGAAGUUUGAAGCUGCGAGUGUUGGAGUUAGAGGAAGUCUACUUGCGAGUGUUUCGGAUGAUAAAAGCAUAUCACUAUACAAUUAUUCUUAGCCACCGAUUCUCCCAAGUUUGUUUGUAUUUUUCAGUUUGUUUUCUUCCUAGUAGUUUAGCAAGCGAGUUUUGUUUGCAGAAUAGACUUGACCUGAACAAACCCAGCCAUUAGUACUAUGUUGCUGUUGUCAUGGGUAAGUUGUCAUGUUGGGUUGGCUUGUGUUGAUCUAGAGAUUUAAGAUUAAUGGAGUCAGUUUCAUCAA